AUGAACAACCUCACCUCCCUGCGGAGAGCUGUGGUCAGCUUCGGGCAGCAUGCUCGUUUCUUCUCCUGCUCGUCCCAGUACUACCAGCAGCAGCAACAGCAAAGUGACAGCAAGAUCAAAACGGUCCCGUACUCCUCCCUCACCAUCGGCGUGCCUCUCGAGUCAUACCCGUCAGAACGCCGUGUCUCUCUCACCCCGGCUAAUGCCGCCCUCUUGCUGAAGAAAGGGUUCGGGCAGGUGCUGGUCGAGCGUGGGGCUGGUGCAGCAUCCCAGUUCACGGAUAAGGCAUAUAUAGAUGCCGGGGCUAGCUUGGUGGACCGCCAUGACGUUUGGGAAAGCGACAUCGUGCUCAAGGUGCGAGCUCCCAGCCUCAAUCGUGGCGAGGUAGGCUUGCUUAAGGAUGGUGCUACGGCCAUAUCUUUCAUCUAUCCGGCACUUAACAGAGACCUGGUUGAAGCCCUGGCCAAGGGAGGCGUCACCGCCUUUGCCAUGGAUAUGGUUCCUAGGAUAUCCCGUGCCCAGGUCUUUGAUGCUCUCAGGUGA